GCUGUUUGCGGUGAAGUGCGGCGGGUGCCUGGAGGCCAUCGCGCCCAGCGAGCUGGUGAUUUACCACCUGCGCUGCUUCUGCUGCUGCGUCUGUGAGCGGCGCCUGCAGAAGGGCGACGAGUUCGUGCUGAAGGAAGGGCAGCUCCUCUGCAAGGGCGACUACGAGAAGGAGCGGGAGCUGCUGAGCUUGGUGAGCCCGGCUCUGUCGGAUUCUGGCAAAAGUGAUGAUGAGGACAGCAUCUGCAAAAUGGGCCAAGCCUCAGGGAAAGGCGCUGAGGAUGGGAAGGAUCACAAGCGGCCCAAGAGACCCCGGACAAUUCUGACCACACAGCAGCGGAGGGCUUUUAAGGCAUCAUUUGAAGUUUCCUCCAAGCCUUGCAGAAAGGUGCGGGAGACGCUGGCGGCCGAGACGGGGCUGAGCGUCCGCGUGGUGCAGGUUUGGUUCCAGAACCAGCGAGCAAAGAUGAAGAAGCUCGCCAGGAGGCAGCAGCAGCAGCAGCAGGAUCAGCAAAACACACAGCGCCUGAGCUCAGCCCAAGCGAACGGCGCUGGCGGCGCGGGGCUGGAGGGGAUGCUGAACCCCUACACCGCUCUGCCCCCACCCCAGCAGCUGCUGGGCAUGGAGCAAGGCGUCUAUGGCUCCGACCCCUUCCGGCAAGGGCUCACCCCCCCGCAGAUGCCCGGAGACCACAUGCACCCCUACGGUGCCGAGCCCCUCUUCCAUGACUUGGAUAGCGACGAUACCUCACUGAGCAACCUGGGCGACUGUUUCCUCGCCACGGCGGACGCGGGGCCGCUCCAGGCACGAGUGGGGAACCCUAUCGACCACCUCUACUCCAUGCAGAACUCCUACUUCACC